AUGGCUGAAGAAUCACCCAAGUCUGCGCCUGCAGACGUCCAGGACGUGGUCUCCGAGGAGGCGGCUGUCAAGCGUGUGUGGUAUCACAGCACCCUCUUCAAUGCCUUCGUGAUCGGAGGAGUCGGCUUCAUGGCCCCCGGCCUGUGGAACGCAAUGAACGCCCUCGGCGCAGGCGGAGCCCAGGAACCGUUCCUCGUCAACGCCGCCAACGCCCUCGUGUUCGGGCUCAUGGGCUUCCUCUGCCUUUUCGGUGGGCCCAUCGCAAACCGCAUCGGGCUCUCGUGGACGCUUCUGUUGGGCGCCGUUGGUUACCCCCUUUACUCGGCCGGUCUCUACACCAACAACCGCUUCGGCAACGUCUGGUUCGUCCUUGUUGGAGCGGCCGCCUGCGGAAUCUCUGCAGGCCUCUUCUGGGCGUCCGAAGGCGCCGUAGCCCUCGGGUACCCCGAGCCAUCAAAGCGCGGCAAAUACAUGAACAUCUGGCUUUGGUUCAGAACGGGUGGCCCUCUUGUUGGCGGUGCCAUCGUCUUGGCCCUGAACAACAAUGCCGCCGCGAAGACGAAGGGUAAGGUCGGUUCCCAGACCUACCUGGUCUUCAUUGCGCUCCAAUGCAUGAGUGUCCCUCUCGCCCUUGCUCUCUCUCCUCCCGAGAAGGUCCAACGCUCCGAUGGCAGCAAGGUCAUCAUCAAGGCCGAGAAAUCCUUCAAGGCCGAGUUUCAAGCGCUGCUCCGCGUCUCGAUGCGAAAGGACGUCCUCCUCCUUCUACCGAUCUUCUGGGCCGCCUACUUCAACCAGUACAGCGGAAACUUCCAGUCGUACUACUUCGGCGUCCGCGCCCGCGCCCUCAUCGGCUUCGUCAGCAACUUUGGCACCCUCCUCUCGUCGCAGAUCAUCAGCAUGCUCCUAGACCACAAGAAGUUCAGCGUCAAGAAGCGCAUCAAUAUCGGCUUCUACUACGUCAUCGCGUGGCACGUUAUCGCCUGGGUUUACGGUUGGGUCAUCCAGGAGAAGUACACUCGCAACCCCCCCGCCUAUGACUGGGAGGAUAAGGGCUUCGUUGAGGGCUUCUUCGUGCUCCUGCUGUGGGACUUUGCCCGCCAAGCGCUCCAGAACUGGCUGUACUACCUCUUGGCCACCAAGACGGACAACAUCUCCGAGCUCGCGCGCUUCUCGGGCAUCUUGCGAGGCCAGGAGAGCUUCUCUCAGGCCAUUUCGUUCGGCAUCAACACCCAGAAGUGGAAGGGAGGACGAGUUCCGUUGGCUAUUAACACUGCUCUUUUGGUUUUGGCCGUCUACCCCACGUGGCUUGUUGUCAGAGACCAUGUCCCCAUCGAGGAAGACCAGAUUGCAACCGUUGAAGAGCAGUCGCAGACGGGUGAGAUCGCCGAGACAAGGUUGUCUUCUGACGAGAGGAAGGAGUUUGCCAUUGGCCAGACAGGUCUCGGAAGAGACGCGAAGAUGUAA